GAGAUUAAAGCUUCACCAGCUGCAGGACUGCUGGGGGAAGCCGUCUGUCGAGAUUUCUCCCUCUCUUUGGCUCAUACAUAGUUCCCGUUCACCUCGGUUUUUGUGUUGUGGGAGGCACUGAGAGCCUUUGGGGGAGUGUUUUUUUCUUUCCUGAGCCUGAAUAAAUCUUGCAGGAAGGCUGCAAACAGCCCAGGUGGAGAGGGAGCUCCACCCUGCAGCCGGGCAGGCCACAGCUCAUUGCCAUGAACUCUUGACCUGGACCUCACCACGUUGUUCGUGUGUAACUCUGCACAAGACAGAGCAGGUGCAUCACUGAACAGGCUGCUGCUGCCACUACAGUUGCAGUCAGACUGACGAGCACAGGACGAUGGCUUCCAUCGAGGAGCGCACCUUCAUCGCCAUCAAGCCCGACGGCGUCCAGAGGGGGCUGGUCGGGGAGAUCAUCAAGCGCUUCGAGCAGAAAGGAUUCAAACUGGUGGCCAUGAAACUAAUACAUGCCUCUGAAGACCUUCUGAGAGAACACUACAUUGACCUCAAGGACCGGCCCUUCUACGAUGGGCUGGUGCAGUACAUGCACUCGGGACCUGUUGUGGCCAUGGUGUGGGAAGGUCUUAACGUGAUUAAGACUGGAAGGGUGAUGCUGGGAGAAACUAAUCCAUUUGAUUCCAAGCCUGGCACUAUCCGUGGUGACUUCUGUGUUCAAGUGGGAAGGAACAUCAUUCAUGGAAGUGAUUCUGUGGAAAGUGCUGAGACAGAGAUCAAUUUAUGGUUCACUCCCGAAGAACUGGUUGAUUACCGAAGCUGUGCUCAUGAGUGGAUCUAUGACUAACACUGAGCCUGCAUCUUCUGAUAUCCCUACUAUCUGUGAGCAGCUGCCAGCCUCUAGCUAUUCCAAAGCCCUGGUAGAAACCUCAGGAAUCUGUGAGAUUGCUCUGUUGUGAACGUUAAAUAGAACCAGUGUUUGCUGCUGCUUUGAUUUAAAAGCUGUCCAGGCAUAGAUGGAAUUGUACUUUUAAAAGGCUGCUUCUGGGGUUGAGAGAUACAAGAUCAAGACACAGAGCAUAUGAAAAAUAUAUAUUUUCCUGGAACACUUUAUAGCCAUAGAGAGUAUUUUGGUAAAUAGAAAAAAAAAUUUUGGUCAAAAAAUAUCCAAUAAUUCCAUGUGCAAAUGGCUUGGUGUUAGAAGUUAACUUUGUUCCAACAUUAAAGGACAACUGGUGGUUUGUGAGUAUAUUGCUAAGAUGUCCAAAUGCUGAGGACUGAAUUUGAUAUCAAGUGUGCCCCAUGCCCAAAACAGCUGCAGAAAAAAAGUCCAUUCCCCCCCCAAAAUGCUCUGUGCCUGUACACAGAGCUCAGCUCUGAUUAACAUGACAACUGUCCUCCACACUAACACUGUUUUAACUUGCUUUUUCCCCCCCACAUGGGAUUUAUUUAGCAUUUUAAGGAAAGAUUAACUGACCAGGCUUUAUGAAAUGCCCUUUUAUGUGAAAAGAAGAUUAAUAUGAGGAUGGACGAGGGAGAUCUACCUUCAGCCACUUCACAGCAGCAGCCCUCUGGCAUUGCACAGAGCAAUAAGUGAUGUUUGCUUUGCUGGCUGAACAGCUGAUAAUUUAGGGUUUGAUAAUUCAGGUUUGUUCUCAUUUGUGUCCUUUCCGUAGUAGUUGGAACUACAAAGCAAACUGUCCUUGGAUGAAGUGUUUUAGAAGUGUUUUGUAUUAAUUUAAUGAUGUAAAGAAGUACAGUCAUAAUAAUGCUGAAGGUAUUUCAGUAGAGCCUUCUGCUUCUAUCAGAGAGAAACAUCAGCCUCUUGCAGAACUUCUAGCAGCAAAAGUUGUACUGGAUGAGGAACACGUUGGGAUUGAUAUUAUGUAUUUAUUUACCUGCAACAUUAUAUUCACUAAGAGCAAGUGUUUCAUGGAGUUAGUUGUUUGAACCCCAUGAUUUUUUUCCCUGUAGUGAGACUCAAAUAAUGAACUGUGCAAUGUAUGUUGAACUGAAUGCUUAUGAUACUUUAUAGAGAUAUUGAACUCCUAAAAAAGAGAUGGUACAAAAUGAAACAUUUGCUGUUUCUUAAGUGAAAUAAAAGGAUAUUUUAAUUAUA